UCGGCGCGGAGCCCCCGCGCGCCGCCGGUUCCGGGCCCGGGCCCGGGCGUGGUGCUGUACCUGUGCCCCGAGGCGCAGUGCGGACAGACCUUCGCUAAGAAGCACCAGCUGAAGGUGCACCUGCUGACUCACAGCAGCAGCCAGGGCCAGCGGCCCUUCAAGUGCCCCCUGGGCGGCUGCGGCUGGACCUUCACGACGUCCUACAAGCUCAAGAGACACCUGCAGUCGCACGACAAACUGCGGCCCUUCAGCUGCCCGGCGCAGGGCUGCGGCAAGAGCUUCACCACCGUCUACAACCUCAAGGCGCACAUGAAGGGCCACGAGCAGGAGAACUCCUUCAAGUGCGAGGUGUGUGACGAGAGCUUCCCCACGCAGGCCAAGCUGAGCGCGCACCAGCGCAGCCACUUCGAGCCCGAGAGACCCUACCAGUGCGCGUUCUCCGGCUGCAAGAAGACCUUCAUCACGGUGAGUGCCCUGUUUUCCCACAACCGCGCCCACUUCAGGGAGCAGGAGCUCUUCGCCUGCUCUUUCCCGGGCUGCAGCAAGCAGUACGACAAGGCCUGCAGGCUCAAGAUCCACCUGCGCAGCCACACGGGCGAGAGGCCUUUCCUGUGCGACUUCGACGGCUGCGGCUGGAACUUCACCAGCAUGUCGAAGCUGCUGAGGCACAAAAGGAAGCACGAGGAUGACCGCAGGUUCACGUGCCCGGUGGAGGGCUGUGGGAAAUCCUUCACCAGGGCUGAGCAUCUGAAAGGCCACAGCAUCACCCACCUGGGCACGAAGCCUUUCGUGUGCCCCGUGGAGGGCUGCUGUGCCAGGUUCUCCGCUCGAAGCAGUCUCUACAUUCACUCCAAGAAACACCUGCAGGACGUGGACACUUGGAAGAGCCGGUGCCCUGUCUCCACCUGCAAUAAACUCUUCACGUCCAAGCACAGCAUGAAGACCCACAUGGCCAAAAGGCACAACCUGGGCCACGACCUGUUAGCCGAACUGGAAGCUGCGAAUUCCCUGACGCCCAGCAGCGAGCUGGCCAGCCAGGGGCAGAACGAUCUCAGUGAGGCGGAGAUCGUGUCUCUCUUCUCCGACGUGACCGGCAGUGGUUCCGCCGCGGUGCUGGACACAGCGCUGGUGAGCUCUGGAAUCUUGACUAUUGAUGUGGCUUCUGUGAGCUCAACUCUGGCAGGGCAUCUCCCAGCCGGGAGUAGCAGUUCCGCAGGGCAGGCUGUGGACCCUCGGGCCUUGAUGGCCGCCGGUGACCUUCCUCAAAGUCUGGAUACCUCUCUGUUUUUUGGGACGACAGCCACUGGCCCUCAGCAGGGUCCCGUGGACGUGGACAGCGUCUGCAGUGUCAGCGCGGGGCCCUUGGGGUCCCUAGGCGCUUUGGCUGCGAAAAGCUCCGCUCCAGAGCCGCAGCCCCAGGCUCUGACACCCAGCAGUAAGCUAACGGUGGACGCAGACGCUCUGACUCCUUCGAGUACCCUUUGUGAAAACAGUGUCUCGGAACUGCUGACACCGACCAAAGCGGAGUGGAACGUGCAUCCUGACUCGGACUUCUUUGGACAGGAGGAAGAAGCCCAGUUUGCUUUCUCCAAUCCGGCAAGAAACCACGCUUCUCAGAAGGAAGCAGAGCUCAUCACGGUGACUGGCAGCCCGUUCUUGGUAUGAAGCGCCUCUCCUUGCCCCUUGCCGUGUGGCUUGCUUCUGCUACACUCAACUUGGAGGGUACUCGGGACUGAGUGCUUCUGCGCAGUCGUUUCCUAGUGCUUCGCGAAAGAACGCAUCCCUGGACUGCAAGUUUGUGGAGGGUUUAAAUUCGGAUCUUGACUCUGGAAAUGACACGUUCUGUGACCCGGAACAACUCACUUAACCUGUCUGAGCCUUAAUCUCUUUAUGUAUAAAAAGAAGUAGCUUGAAUGGUUUGUUUCAAAGGUCCCCCCAACUGUGUUUCUCUGUUAAUGUUUCUUUUCUUGGAAAAUAUUGGGACAUCUUUCACUGUUGAUGUUUCAACAUGUGUGAAAUAUUGUCAUGUUAUGAUGAAUAUCUAUGUUUUUUGCACCUGACUUCAAUAAUUAUUAUUGCACAAUCUUAUUUAUCUCCUUCCUUUGAUGUUCUUUUGGAGCCAGUAAAUAUAUAUAUAUCUUAAAUAUAUAGAUUUCUUUAGAAGAAAAUUAUAAUCCCAGUCAUCAUUCUUAACAUUAACAAUAAGCCUUAAUAUCAGUGAAUAUGCACUCAUGUUUUAAACUUCCAUUGGUCACACUAAUGCUAAUAGUCUUAAUAUUUUAUUAUUUGCUAUCUCAGUCUCACAUGUUUUUCAUCUCUCUGUUCAUCUUCCAUCUUUUUCCUAGCAUUUUAUUCAUUGAGAUUAGUUUAUUCUUUAUGUAUCAUUCACGAAGUUUUGCUAAGUAUAUCUUUGCACUAGUGUUCACUUUCCUCUAUUAUCUUUUCUCAAAUUAGUAGUUCUUCAGACUUGAUUAGGUUGCAAAAUUAUUUUUAUCAUAUUUCAUAAAGUAUGUUGUGUUCUUUCAUUAGGUGCCUGAUAAUAUUUGCUUUUCUCUUUUUUGUUGUAUUAUAAGCAGAUUUUGGUCAACACAUUAAUUCAUAAUUACAUUUGCUUCCAAUAUUAUGAAUUCUUAUAGAAUUACUAACAAUUAUGAGAGUAAGAAGUGCUGUUUAAGGCAUUUUAAUGGUUUAAUAGAAACACUGUUCAAUGCUAAAAUAUUUUCUCAAAUGGGUGUGAAACUAACAAGAAAAUAUUAGCAAAAACUCUGUUGGCUGUUACCACUGUUUAAUCUUCCUAACCUCUUUUGAUUAGAGAAAGCUGUUUUUAGGAAUUGGGGUCCCAGUCUUUGAUGAGGAACUAAGCCAGGUUCAGUUUGUGUUUUGUGGUAUUGGACCAGUGCUAUUGAAUAAUUUAGUCUCACCAAGCCACAACAUCCCAGUUGUUAACAAAAUAGCAAUGUAUGUACAUACCUUAUGUACUGGCUUAGACUUUCUCUGCUCCAGUUUACUGCAUGUAAGUAAAAAAUUUCAUGUUUUGGUAUAUUUUGAUGAUUUAUGCUUUUACUCUCUUGGUCCUUCCUACUUUUAGAGAGAAAUUGGGCUAACUCAACUCUAUUCAUGUACCAGAAUAAGUAUUCAUGAGCUUUAGGGUGAAACAGAAAAAUAAUUUCUUUUACCAUGAUGCUGAAUAAUUUUCACCCCAGAAUUUGUUGUAAAGGUACCUGCUACCUCUCAUUUGAUUAAUUUGUGAACAUCUUUGGUCUUUUUUGAUGUCAGGCUUCUCAUUUUGAAACUUUUUUAUUGUAUGUUUAUUGGUAUGCAUAGUAUUUACAUUAAUUUUGGAGAAUUGGUACAUACACAUGUGGAAUCUUGAUCACUUUACAGCGCCCCCAACCUUCCCUCUUCCUGCUUCCGCAUAUCACCUUCUCAUCUCCAGUGUCUUAUCUCCCAAUUUUUUAUCAUUUUUGUUUUAUCUUACUGUUUAAAUUAUUUAUAUUUUGGGUCUCUCAUAUUAGAGAAACAGUGUAGUAUUUAAUUUUCUGUGGCUGGUUUAUAGCACUUCACAUUAUAGUCUCAAGAUUAUGCAUUUUCCUACAAGAAAGGCUUCUCCUUCACUGUGGAGCCUGUGGUUCCAUGAACAUCUGAUAAUGGAGUAGAGGAAGUUUUUCUGUCUGUGGUUUGGCGAGCUUGUUGUUUACAGAUUUCCAGCAUUGAAAGAAAUAAUGAAUCUGAAUAUUGUGUAAACUUUCUAUUACUUUUUUAUUUUAAAGAGAAUAGUAAUAAGUAGAACAUUAGCAAAAUACCAGCCACAUAGACAGAAAUAAAACACAGCAAAAACAAUAAAAAUGAUACAGGGUAACUUUCUAUUACUUGAGUAUAGCAUUUUCAGUUUUUUAAACAUGUUUAGAACUUGUGUCUUGUUUGUUGUUUAAAGUAAACCCUAAGAAGUAACUUUUGACAUAGUUCGUGUUUUUCAUAUUAUAUUUUGGUCAGCUCAUAUUCUGAGUUUUGACUAUGACAGACAAUUCUAUAUACAGCUUCAAAGAAGAGGAAUUACUUUUACCUUCCCCAUCCACUCAGACAACUUUCAUGAUUCAUUCUUGUAUCAUAACUCAUUGCUGUUUUCCACUUUAGUUUCCAUUACCUUCUGCUUACUUUCUCCCUAUUCCACUCCCUUGCAUGUGCAUUCCAUUCCUUGACACACUUUUCCUUUUUUUUAAAUUUUGCUUUUAGUUUUCUUAAUGGCUAGAUCUCUGACCUACUUUUGUUUCUGAUGUUCUCCUCAUGGUACAUUUUCUUCCAAUGCUGACAUUUGUUAUGUAUAUAUUAUGGUUCUUUGUGUACAGUAAGAAGUUAUAUUCUUAGUUUAGGUAAUACUAUAUGUAUAAAUGAUCAUAAAGGAGAUUAUUUUCUACAUUGUUCAAAUGAAAAGCAUAUUUCUGUUUAUUUCUAUUCCUUUUUUUUUUAUUAUGCUGAAAGAAGCUCUAUUAAGUUUUAUGACAGGUAAAUUUAACCUGGGAUAUAAAAGAAUCAGAACAGUAGUUCUAGCUGAGAGAUGGGUAGGGACGGACCAUCCUGGGGAAGUAGAAAACUUUCUGGAUAAUUGUGUGUUCUAAGGUUUCAAAAGAGUUUGGGUUACAUAUUUGCAAACACUCAGUAAAUUUAUACAUUCUUACACGGUAAGAAAAAUGAUAUAACAACUAUUGACAUGGAAGCCAGAUUACAUGAAGAGUAAUUACUAAUGCUGGUAUUUACUGUCACUAGAAACAUUCUAAAAAGUUUUUGUUAGGAAGUUCUGCUAAUUGCUUAUUUGCUCUGCUGUACUAGUCCAGUAGUGUUUGCCUGUUAUGUCUGUGGAUGACUGUUAUUAUAGCACUUUGGAAGUGCUCUAAAACUUUACCACUAUGAAAUGUUUCAGCAUUGUGUAUGUCUUAAUAUAUACACACACCUCCACAUACAUUCAUAUAUAUUUUAAAAGCGGUUGUAUUCAUUUAAUGAAAAAUAAAAAAAUAGGCAUUCUUUUUUAAGUCAGACAAAUGCUUUGAAUUUCAUUGUCCAUUUAUAGUUUGCCUUCUUUGCUUUGGACAUAUUUGUAAUCAUAAAAUAUAUUUCAAAAUGUUAUUCAUUAAAGCCUUUUAAAGAGACCA